AUGGUGAUCUAUUUCCUCCUGAACGUUGUUUCUGUCCGAUGGUUCGGUAUGGCUGAGUUCUAUAUUGGCAUCUUCAAGAUUCUUCUCGCCGUGGGUCUCAUCGCAUACACCUUUGUGACCAUGGUAGGAGGUAAUCCCAAGCAUGAUGUCUAUGGAUUCCGGUACUGGAACAACCCGGGCGCAUUUGCAGAACAUCUCGUAUCCGGCUCCAGUGGCCGAUUCUGCGGUGUGUUGGCAUCCAUUGUCCAAGCUGGAUUCACAAUCUGCGGUCCCGAAUACCUGAGCAUGAUCGCAGCCGAAACCCAUAACCCACGUACAGUACUUCGUCGAGCCUUCAAAACGUUUAUCCUGAGAGUAUCUCUGUUCUUUGUUGGCGGGGCCCUGUGUAUCUCUAUCGUCAUUCCCUACAAUGAUCCUACGCUUGCAAAGUUGCAGGAUGAGGGAAUAUCAACGGGUGCCGCUUCGCCGUACGUUAUCUCCAUGGAACGACUGGGUAUCGCGGGCUUGGGAAGUGUUAUAAACGCCGGAAUUAUGAUUUCCUUGCUCAGUGCAGGAAACGCACUGUUGUUCUCUGCAACACGAACAUUACAUGGAAUGGCGGUGGAUGGCAAGGCACCCAAGGUGUUUUCCCACUGUACGAAGAACGGGAUCCCAAUCUGGGCCCUUCUUGCAGCACUGUCUCUGUGUCUCCUCGCCCUACUGCAGAUUUCGGAGACGUCCGCCCAGGUGAUGGACUACCUCGUCAUCCUCAUUACCGCGAACCAACUACUGAAUCAUUUCUCUGUUAGCCUUACAUAUAUCCACUUCUACCGAGCCCUUCGAGCUCAGGGGAUCGACCGCGAUACUCUACCGUAUAAGGGGAAGUUCCAACCUUACACCUCUUACGUUGCUGUAGUCGCUACAGCCCUGUUAACCCUCCUUUUGGGCUUUGACUUGUUCGUUGAUAUUAAAAACAACUGGAGCAUCAAGUACUUCUUCCUGGACUACGCGAUGCUGCUAUUCUAUGGGAUCAUGUUCGUGGGCUGGAAAGUGGUUAAGCGGUCCUCCUUUAUUCCUCCGUCUGAGGUGGAUCUGAAUCUGGGAGAGACAAAGAACGAGAUUGAUAUAUUUAAAUUCGACGAGUCUGUAAGGCAGCAGGCAAAUGUCCUCAACACAGCACUCAUCAUGGCUACUUUCUCGCUCCUAACCCAGUACAUAUGGAAAUGGAUGCAGAAGAGCCUAUUCCUAAGUAUUUUCGUUGCCGCAAUAGCCCUUGUUGUCCUCUACGGGCUGGCCAAGGUGCAUAGAAACCUCAUCGUCUCUCCGUUAAGACCAGUUCCAGGACCAAAAUUCUUUGCCUUGACACGAUGGCGUCUCGCAUACGAGGACUACCGUGGGACUCGUACACGCUGUAUCAACAAUCUACAUAAGCAGUACGGAGACGUUGUCCGUGUCGGUCCUAACGAGCUCUCGUUCAACAGUCUGUCUGCAUUGAAGUCCAUCUAUGGUGCUGGGAAACGGAAGAAGCUACUCAAUCAUGCCUAUUCAAAGACAGCAGUGCUUUCGUCCCGGAACGCUGCCAUGGUUGAAGAGAAAACCAGGCAGUUCCUCUCUCUUCUUGACAGAGAGGCCAAGUCUGGGAUCAUGGAGAUAUUCAAUGCCCUCCAUUAUUUCUCCAUGGAUAGCAUCACACAGUUCCUCUAUGGAGAAUCUCAAGGUGCGACAACGGCGUUGACCGCGUCUGCUAACCGCAGUCUGUUGGACGACAUUAUCGAUCCUGCCCGGCGGAAGCUCUCAUGGUUCGCCGUGCACUUUCCCCAUCUCACCCACUGGUUAUAUUCCCGUACUGGCGCCAUGGAGUGGCUCCUAACAACCUUCGGACUACUUCCAAUGUCGAAACCAUCGACUUAUACCGGAAUCCGGCGCCAUGCGCUGGUCGCCGCAGAGCACAUCCGAGACCAGACUAUCGAGGAUCCCACGGAGUCCAUUGCGGCACGACUAUUCCACGCCAUGCGAACACGAGAAAAAGGCCCGGCCAUGGAUUACUUGGAUGUGGCGAGUGAAUGCGCCGACCACUUCCUUGCUGGGAUCGACACUACCAGUGACACCUUGAUGUUUGCUAUAUUUGCCUUGUCGCAACCAGCAAACCUAUCAUUCCAAGAGAAGCUGCACCAGGAGAUACAGUCCCUUCCUGACGAGGUCGUUGUCGACGAUGUGGUCAAUGCGCUCGCAGCAGAUAAGCUACCCUAUCUUGAUGCUGUGAUCAAAGAGACACUGCGUUUGUACGCACCUCUUCCUGGAAGCGAGCCCCGGUGGUCAGAAAAAGACGAAGUCAUCGACGGCUAUCGUGUCCCUGCUCGAACCAUCGUCAGCAUGAGUCCCUACUGUCUUCAUCGGAACGAGCAUGUCUAUAAGGAACCAUUGGAGUUCAAUCCGGACCGCUGGCUAGGUCCAUCCGAGCAGGUAGCAGAGAUGAAGAAAUGGUUUUGGGCAUUUUCCAGUGGAGGUCGCAUGUGUAUCGGAAUGCAGUAA